AUGUUUUCCAAGAGACAAGGUUUGAAUUUGUGCAAAAACGUCCGUUACGUUUCCAACAAACCCCUUCCUAAUGCUAGUCUACCGCCAAAAUAUACCUUAGCAACGGUUCGUUCAUUCCCAUCAUUAGAACCAUUGACAUUUGCACCAGUGCCAACCUCAGUAUUUGAUGCUCCAUUGAGAAGAGACUUACUAUGGCGUGCUGUUGUUUACGAAAAUGACAGUAAACGUGUUGGGUCUUCUAACCCCCCAGGCAGAAGUGAUGUUGGUUAUUCGAGAAGAAAGAUUUUACCACAAAAGGGAUCUGGUAUGGCCAGAGCUGGUGACGCUAAUUCACCAAUAAGGCAUAACGGUGGUAGAGCUCUAGCAAGAACUGCACCAAAUGAUUAUACCACAGCGCUCCCAAAGAAAGUGUACUCUUUAGCAUUCAAUAACGCACUAAGUCAUCAAUACAGAAACGGUAACGUCUUCGUCAUCGGAAGUGGUGACGGAAUCUCCGAAACAAGCCAGGCUGAUCUAAAUGAAUUGGAAAUUCUUCCCAUCGGGGAGGGCUCAGAAGAUGGCGAUAUCGUGUUCGAAAAAUUCCUAAAGCACUAUGAGCUACAGAACAAGAAGCUAUUAUUCGUUAUUAACGAACCAAGGCCAGGAUUAUUUUCAUUUACAGAAAGAUUCCAAGAUAAAGUUAACAUCGUCCAAAAAGAAUUUGUUGAUGUCAACGAUCUACUUAAGGCUCACAGAAUCUUUAUUGAAUUGGAAGCUUUAGAAUACCUGGCUGUUACUCACGUUGUUUGA